UUGCGCGAAGCACGACGCAUAGUGGUUGGUGGUCGUCGUGCGAUGGUUUCGCACGGACGGCGCGGACGACGCGACGGCGGUUCGUGCAUCUUGUGUGCGGUGCGGAGGCAUCCGAGCCCACCACUUAUAAGACGUUUGCCCGAGCCCGCUCCGCUUCACUGUGUCAUUUUGGAAGCUCCAGCGUACAAACGAGCCUCGGGCACCGUGUAGUGCGGUUCCAUACCGCGGUAGCAGCAGCAGCAGCAGGUGAUCGUCUCACCGUUGAGGUGAAAUAGUACCGUGCAACCGGAAGUGGAAGCUGGAAAGUGAGUGAAACGGAAGAAGUGAUAGUUCAAGGAGUGUCCUAGAGGUCAGUUCGGACUUGGUGGGUUUUUUUUAAAUUGUGUGAAGAAAUUCCGUGUUUUCGGAGCGCUGUUACAUUCUCCGAAUAUUGCGAUCACAUCCUGUUCGAGGCAAAAACUACGAAACUAGCAAAAGGGAUUCAACAUGAGCUUUCAACGACGCACUUCAGAAAAGACGUCAGAGCUGACGGCAUCCGUGCCGGUGAAGCUGCUAACGGCCGGCACUGCGGCCUGCUUUGCCGACUUCAUCAGCUUCCCACUCGAUACGGCCAAAGUGCGGCUACAGAUUCAAGGUGAACAACCGAUCCGUACGGUCGCUAUGACUCCUGCCAUCAACACACCUGCCGCUUCGCUCAAGCUGAACCCCGUACCGAUACCGGCGACACAGCACGUACAGUAUCGCGGUCUGGUGGGUACGAUUACCACCAUCACCCGCCAGGAAGGGUUCCGUACGCUCUACAAUGGUCUAUCGGCGGGCCUGCAACGUCAGCUGUGCUUCUGCUCCAUCCGUCUCGGUCUCUACGAUACCGUCAAGGCGUUCUAUGGUUCCCUGCUUAAAGAAAACGAAGCCGGUCUUCAGAUUGGAACCCGCGUACUGGCCGGACUGACGACGGGUGCGGCGGCGGUGAUGGUCGCUCAGCCAACGGAUGUGGUGAAGGUUCGAUUCCAGGCGGCUACCCGUUCCUCGACCGGGCGUCGGUAUGCUUCGACGAUCGAAGCCUACCGGACGAUACACCGGGAGGAGGGUAUGCGCGGACUGUGGCGUGGUGCGAUGCCGAAUAUAGGGCGCAAUGCGAUCGUCAACGUGGCCGAGAUCGUGUGUUACGAUGUGGUGAAGGAUUGUCUACUGCUGUACGCCCACAUGCCGAACGAUAUCCGGUGUCACUUUUCGGCGGCCAUUGCGGCCGGUCUAGCGGCCACAGUCGUUGCUUCACCGGUGGAUGUGGUGAAGACGCGCUACAUGAAUUCCCCGCGCGGUCAGUAUCGCGGUGCGAUCGAUUGUGCCAUCCGGAUGGGCGCGAAGGAGGGUAUGGGCGCAUUCUAUAAGGGUUUUGCGCCCUCCUUUGCCCGGAUCGUCACCUGGAACAUCGUCAUGUGGAUAUCCUAUGAGCAGCUGAAGCUGGUCAUGUUCCAUCGCAGCUAAAUCUCCAGCCCCAGCCCAGGGAGGCGUUGACGAUAUGUCUUUGUUUUUUUUUUACCCGUGGAUAAGGAUACGACAAUCUGCUUUUUUUUUAUUUAAUGGACGCGGUAUGACCGAGGAACUUGCAUGACUGAGCUGCGAGCAGCGCGCGCGCCCCGGAAGAGAGCGGAAGCGUCAUCGAACAGGAUUCGAGAUCAUAGGGGAAAUGUUCCACUUUUUAAUCCCUCUCAUCCAACCUUUUUUUACGAUUUAACUGUGAAUGUGAUAGCCAGCCAAGCUUGCAUAAUGCGUGAGUGAUGUAUGUAUGUCGUGUGAAUGUAUGUAUGCAUGUAUGUAUGUAGGAAGAGAACAAUGUAACAAUGGAACAACGAA